AUGUCGAGUCAACCUCUCCUGCAGACUGCUCCAGGCAAGCGAAUUGCCCUCCCGACCCGGGUAGAACCCAAGGUCUUCUUUGCCAAUGAACGUACCUUUCUCUCGUGGCUCAACUUCACGGUGAUCCUGGGCGGACUGGCCGUUGGCCUGCUCAACUUUGGCGACCGCGUUGGCCGCAUCUCCGCCGGAUUGUUCACGAUCAUCGCAAUGGCAGCCAUGUUAUACGCCCUUUUCACAUUUCACUGGCGGGCGCAGAGUAUUCGGCGGCGUGGGCAGAGUGGAAUUGACGACCGGUACGGUCCCACUGUACUGGCAUUGUCGCUGCUGGCGGCUGUCGUGGUCAACUUUAUCCUCCGUAUGAAGGUGGACUGA